AUGUUCUUCUCUUCUCUUACCCGAGCCUUUGCGCUCUUCCUUUCUCUCGUUACUCUGGUGUCCUUGACCUUAACCGCUGAAUUCAAGCAAAUCCUCAACUUCGGCAACAACCCAGGCCACGCAAACAUGUACAUCUACGUCCCCGAUCGGCUGGCUCUACUUCCCGCAAUUGUAGUUGCAGUAACUCUCCCCCCUCAACACAAAAACAGCCGUCACGGCGGAGCUAAUCAUCUCAUCUCGGAUCCACCAAUGCGGCGGUAGUGCACUUGAGGAGUCCCAAUUUUCGCACUAUCAACAAUAUGCCGAUAACUUGGGCUUCAUUGUCAUUUACCCGGAAUCCGUGAAGGAUUACAAAUGCUGGGACGUCAAUCGAUAUGAGAGUUUGCACCAUUAUGGUGGAUCGGAUUCGCUUUCAAUCGUCAAUAUGGUUCAUUGGGCGCCUGUUACAUACUUGAUAAAUCCCAAGCGUGUGUAUACUACAGGUUGGAGUAGUGGUGCCUUGAUGUCGCGUAAGUAUCUCACCUAUCCACAUCUUCUCGCUUCCUUCUUCCUUCUUUUAUCCAACAACAACCAUUUCAUCCCCGCCACAACCUAACAUGAACCUCCAGAAACCCUAGCAGCAGCCUACCCCGAAGUCUUCGCCAGCUUUUCAGCUUUCUCAGGCGCCCCCUACGGAUGCCUCAAAGACUCACCGGCCUCCUCCCUUCAAGCCGCCGACCUAUCUUGCAUCCAAGGAAAGAUUAUCAAGAGCCCCCAAGAAUGGGGCGACCUCGCGCGUUCCGCCUACCCAGGAUUCUUUCCUCUCCCCAUCAUCAACCCCCGUCCCAAGAUGCAACCAUGGCACGGAACCGAGGACGACGUAAUCACCUACGCAGUUCUGAACGAGGAAAUUAAACAAUGGACAAACGUCCUCGGCGUCUCUUUCUCACACAAUGAGACUGAUACUCCGAGACCGGGAUACACGAAGAUGGUAUAUGGGGAUGGGAGUCAGCUGGUUGUGUAUUCGUGUCAAGGGGUUGGACAUAGGAUUCCGAAUGAGGAAGUGACUGUCCUGAAAUGGUUUGAGAUUUUGUAG